CGUCCACCUCCUCACGCACUUCAUGCAUUGAAACUGCGCAAAAAAUGCUUUCAAACCAAAACUUCUGAGUCAAUAUCGGAGCCUCAACCGGAGCUGCUCACAGUCACUGAAGAGAGAAGGAAUUCAAGCCGCGAAGAAUGGGGAAGCGCUUGAGGAAACCGAGAUCGAUCUGCUGCUGCAUCUCUCCCAGAACAUCGUUCAGUAAAUUUCACUCGGUUUUCAGCUGUUUAUUAUCGGAUGAGGUGAAACUGAGGAUUUGGAUUGACGCUUUGAUCUUGUAUGAAGUGGAUACGUGGACAGAGAUCGCCAAGUUCUUGGAUGGUAGAUCUCUAGUGAUGCUUGCAGUGACUUGCAAAUGGUUUAAUCAUGUUGUGAUGGAAGAAAGCGUGUGGAAGUAUGCAUGUUUGCGUGAUCUUCAGGUUCCUGACCCCGGAAAAGCAACAUGCAACUGGAACAAACUCUAUGCGUCAGCUUUUGAUGGAAGCCACUCUUACUUGUUCCGUCAGCCGGAGAAGCAUAUUGAUUGGAUGCGGAUUGGAGCAUUCUCGUUUGACUCAUCUGCUGCCCUGCUGACUGAGAGUUUAAUUGCACCCCUCAGAAUUCCCAAAGCAGAUACGAAAGAUCAAAUGUUGCAGCAAAGUGGCUGCUGUCUGUUAAACAAUGUCAAAACUGGAAUCUGGAUUGCUGGAACAAUGCAAACCUUGGAUGCAAGGCAUAUUGAACUCUUCCUAUGUGAGGGAUUUCAAGAUGGUAGCUGGGAUUAUGAAGUAUUAGGAACUUAUAAUAUCAGCAAGCAUGCUAAUGGUGCUUCUGGUGGAAUUUUUGACAUUAAGCAUCUCAAGGAUAGAUCGACCUCCGCUAUCUUCAAUCUUAAAUCAUGGGUGGGGCAACCAAAGGACUGGCAACCAAAAGCUAUGAUUACCCUCCAUGCGGUUGCAGUGAACACCAAUUUGCAAGAGAAUGAAGGUCUUCAGAUUAAGUACCAUGCUAUGAAGUCUGGAAAGGAUGGUCAAAUUGUUGCGAUUCGUAUAUCCCAGCAGCUGCUUUAGUUUAAUUUUACUCAGGAAUAUCUGAAUCCCCUCCAAAAUGUAGAAAAUAUGUCGUUUCCUGAUUGAAUUCAUAUCAUAUAGCCAUUUGCCGUAACAGCUAAAAACAGUUUGUUGAUCUCAUUUUUUUAAUGAUGUAAACUGUUUCAUUACCUGGUAUUCAUUUUUGCAAUAGCAAGAUACACGGUUAAGCAAAUUCUGUUGAAAAAAAAUAUCAGCAAGUAGUUGAGCUUAUGGAUUACCUCUGUAGCAGUUAAAAAAUAAUAUUUCAACAAUAUGAUACCAUCAUCUUUGUUCCAA